GGCACACACUGCGAUCCGUGGACCCUGCAGCCAGCCCACAGAGCAGCCAGGAGCGAGCCGUCUGCCUGGAAUCGCGCUCUUUCAACAUGAGAAGCUUGUUUCUGCUGGUGCUGUGUACCACAGCCUCACGUAGUCAGGACAGCGAUCCAGCUCCUGUAUCAACGUGCAGCUUUCCUCCUCCCCCCUCCCCCCAUGAAAGCCCCCGCCUUCCUCCUCAUGACACUGCACUGACCCUCCCUGACACUGCAUUUAUACGAAUGACUUCUCCAGAGCCCGGGGGUGAAAUCACUACGCAAUCAGCCACCAUUUCCACUAAAGUGUCCCCUAGUGCAACUGACCUGCCUCCUACUAGCACUAAUGCCCUGGUUACAUACACUAAACUGCCCAAUGAACUUACUGACACUACUAUCCAUUCUACCACCCAGCAGCCCUUUACAAACUUUAUAACCACUCUAUCUAGUGAAACUAACUCUACUACCGCUCAUCCGCCCUUUACUAACUUUACUACAACUCUAUCCAUUGACACUGACUCUACUACCACUCAUCUACCCUUUACUAGCGAUAGUACCACUCAAACCGAUUACACUGACUCUACUACCACUCAUCUGCCAUUGACUAAUUUUACUACCACUCUAUCCAGUGACACUGACUCUACUACCCCUUAUCUGCCCUUUACUAACUUUACUGCCACUCUAUCCACUGAACCUGACUCUUCUACCACUAAUUUGCCCUUUACUAACUUUACUACCCCUCUAUCCAGUGACACUGACUCUACUACCACUCAUCUGCCCUUUACUAGCGAUAGUACCACUCGAACCGAUUACACUGACUCUACUACCACUGAUCUGCCCUUUACUAUCUUCACUACCACUCAACAUUCCCAUACUACCAUUACUACCACUCAUCUGCCCUUUACUAUCUUCACUACCACUCAACAUUCCCAUACUACCAUUACUACCACUCAUCUCCCUUCUACUAACUUCACUACCACUCAACAUUCCCAUACUACCAUUGCUACCACUCAACUGCCCACUACUAACAUUACAACCCCUCCCCUCAAUUGUGAAAAUGGUGGUGAGGUAAUCGGAGCCAGCUGUGUUUGUCCUGAUGAGUUUACUGGGAGAAACUGCGAGAUUCCAAACUUUUGCAAUGCCACCAAAAUGGGAGGUUUUACUUUUAACAAAACUGCUGUUGGAUGGUUCAGUUACUCCAAUGAGCUGUGCAACUCAAGUGAAGGGAGCACGGGUUUACCCAAGGCCACCACGCAAUGCACCAGUGACAAUGGACAGCCUACAUUCCAGAGAGCGCAGGUCUUCAGAUGUGGCACGAGCCUGGAUGACCUCCAGCAGAUGAUUAACUCCACCAAUGCAAGUACUAUCGCCAUAAGCACUCAAAUCCUGACAUCCAAGCCCGAGACCCUCACCACUAAGAACAUCACCAUGGCAGCCAAAAUCAUCACAUCACUCCUGCUCGGCAGCUCCUUGAAGGAAGCCAUUAACUUCACAGUGGUGACCAUCAGCCAACUCCUGAAAGCCAGCAGAUCUGAGUUCUCUUCUCAAACCAGCAAUGUCACAGAGAGCCUGACUUCAGCACUGGAGAACUUCACCCUCACUGGAGGAGCCAGUCACUCUGAAGCAGUGGUCCAGCCCAACUUAGCAAUGAAGUCCUUAAAAGUUAAUGUGUCACAUGGGGCCACACAGGGGAUCCAGUUCUCCACUAUACCCAGUACAACUCAGUCCUUUGUGUCUGACAGAAUAUACACCAGCAGCGUACCACAGCUGACCAUCAACAACACAACACCAAGAGGAGUACACAUUUUUAUCAAAUUUCCACAAGAAAGAACUCAAGAGGCAAUGAAGGUUGGCUUCGUCCUCUACCAGAAUGAUAAGUUUUUCCAGUCAAGGCGAUUUGCAACACCCUUAGGGACCACAAGGAAUGUGAUCACUGGGAGUAUCAGCAGUGACAGUGCAGGACUUCGGAAGACAGUGCCCGAAUUCGUGGAACUGCUCUAUCGACCACCCCCCAUCCGCAAUGCAACCCUCUACGACUUUGCCUGUGUGUUUUGGGACUACUCCCUUGGGGACUGGAGCACAGAGGGUUGCUUCAAGAGCAACAGGCUUAGUGAGACCGAUCUGGCCCGGGGCGUGGUGGGCUGUGUCUGCAACCAUACCACCAGCUUCUCUAUGCUGCUGUCUUUCAGGAAAGAUGUUAAAUAUUCAAAAGCAAUGGACAUAAUCACCUUUGUUGGAUGCUUUCUCUCAGUAAUCGCCCUGAGUUUCACCAUACUGCUCGAGCUCAUCGUCAGCAAGUCACGGAAGAGCAACACCACGAUGAUCCUAGUCAGCAUAUAUAGCUCCCUGUUGCUGUUCAACCUGCUUUUCAUCUUCGGAGCCAACAAGCCCCCAGUGGGGGGCGCUGUGAUGGCCGACCGCAGCAGGAAUCACAUGCUGGAGUCAGACCUCCACGUGGACCGCGACAGUGGCCCGUGCACGGCGGUGACGGCUCUCAUGCACUUUUUCCUGCUGGCUACCUUCACCUGGAAUGCACUGUAUGCCAUGCAGAUGCUUCUGACCAACCUGAGAAGGACGCAGUUGAGCUCCCUCCAGCUGUCUCAGUCGCAGUUCACCGUGAUUUCCUUGGCAGUUGGCUGGGGUUUUCCACUGGUGCUGACGUCCUUUACACUUGCAGUUUCAUACAGUGUGAAGAAUCCACUGAACUAUCGCCAGCAAGAGUUCUGCUGGUUGGCUACCAUGGAUGAAAAUGGGAAGUUUGACCCGCGUCGCACCCUGCUCUGGAGCUUCCUGCUGCCUGUGGCUGUGCUGCUCUUCUUCAACACCGUGGAGCUAGUUUACUUCACCAUCACAGCAGUGAAGCAGGCAAGGAGGGCAAGGAGGCGUAGCAAGAGCAAAACCAACAAUAGCUGCACCCUACUGAAGGAGGUCAUCAGUAGCAUCUCUCUGGCUGUGCUGCUUGGCCUCACCUGGUUGAUAGGAUACUUGCUGCUGGUGACCCAUGAUCCAGACGUUCACACAGUCCUCAGCAUCAUCUUCUGCGUUUUCAACACCACCCAGGGCAUUCAGAUUUUCCUCCUGAUCCCAGACUGGGGAAGGAUCAACACUGCGCUACGCUCCAUGCCCACUCCGACCGUCUCUAUCGGUCUGCAUUCCAAGAAGUACAACGUCAGGGCUCAGCACGGCAAGGGACUCCCUGAGGUCUACAGGAAGAUGGAGACCGACUUCAUCUCCAACUUCCACAUCUUGACUCCUUCCUCAGACUUGCCCAGAGAGACAGAAACAUAGGAGUGAUCAAAAACGUCAUUUUCACAUUUGGUAUCACCACCAGGUCUGGUCUGGUUUCAACGCUUUUCUCUGCAGCGCCACUGGGUUUGGGAGUCAGACAGAGGAGCGUGGAGCCGUAACCUGGCCACGUCCUUCUUAAAAGUCCACCAGCCUUCCUGGGGGCAGCGCAUCUCCACACCGCUACUGUGACCAAGUACCUGCUGGGUAUUAGCUGGAUAUCUGGGAACACAGGGCUCAGUCAGCUCCGCGGUCAGAACGAUCCUGAUGUAAAAACAACUUAAUGCUUUUAAGUCCCCCUUCAUUUCUCUACUCAACAGAUUGUACUGGAAAACUGAAAAGCGAUUUUCCAUGUGGUAUCUACAAAGCCAGCACUCUCGUCGAGAAAGCUUUUAGAGGUUUAAGAGAGCUUCACAAUGUCAGACCUGCACAGACCUGGGGAAAUGUCCUGAAACAGGGUGGUUCUGUUAGUCGAGAUGAUAGUUCCCAGUCCACCAUCUCCAGCAAACUAUUGAGAUUCUCUUGGACAUUUGGUGGGGUGUUUGUUUUACUAUGUAGGCUAUUUCCCAAUUUUAAGUGAAUACUUCUGUGUCGAUAUCCUGCGUGCUGAUAGCUCAUGGGAAAUGUGCUUAAUAAAACAUUUGGCUAAUAAA